AUGGGGGCAGAAGAAGGAAGGACUGUCAGUAAGGGCCAACAGGGGAUCCGGCAGGCAGUGUUUACCCCUUCCUACUUACAGGCAAGCAAGCAAAAUGGCUGGAUCUUGGAUCUUCACGAGGCUGGGGGCAAAGAUUUCGCCUUGGAUGAGGAUGCGGAUGAGAGCAUGCACAAAUUGAAAGAAAAAACAAAGAAACGGAAGGGUCGCGGCUUUGGCUCGGAAGAGGGGUCCCAGGCACGGAUGUGUAAAGAUUAUGACAGCGUGGAGCAGGAUGGCGAUGAACCGGGACCCCAACGCUCUGUUGAAGGCUGGGUUCUCUUUGUCACUAGAGUUCAUGAGGAAGCCACUGAGGAAGACAUCCAUGACAAAUUUGCAGAGUAUGGAGAAAUAAAUAAUAUCCGCCUCAACCUGGACAGACGGACAGGAUACCUGAAGGGAUAUACUCUAGUUGAGUAUGAAACAUACAAGGAGGCCCAGGCUGCCAUGGAGGGCCUCAAUGGCCAGGAUUUGAUGGGACAGCCCAUCAGUGUUGACUGGUGUUUUGUUCGGGGUCCACCCAAGAGUAAGAGGAGAGGUAGCCGCAGACGCAGUAGGACACCAGAUCGGAGGCGGCGCUGA